CCUGGGGGAGAGGGGAGAAUGUUUCCCCCCGCCCCGACCCCCCAUGUCUGUGGUGAAGUCGAUUGAGUUACUGCUGCCCAAAGAUGCCAUCUACCUGGCGGGCUCCAGCGUCAAAGGGCAGGUGGUUCUAACCCUGAACAGCACCCUGGUGAACCCCGUCGUGAAGGUGGAGCUCGUGGGACGGGGUUACGUGGAGUGGAAGGAAGAAACCGGGGCCUCCCGCGAUUACAGCAGAGAUGUUAUUUGCAACAACAAGGCCGACUACGUGCAUAAGACAAAGACGUUCCCCGUGAAGGAUAAUUGGUUAAGUGCAGGCAGCCACAUCUUUGACUUCCAUUUCAACUUACCUCCCAGGCUUCCUUCUACCUUCAGCAGCAGAACGGGCCACGUCUCCUACUUCAUACAGGCCUCCUGCAUGGGCCGGGAGCACGUCCUGGCCAAGAGGAGGAUGUACCUGUUGGUUCAAGGGACCUCGGAUGGCCACCAAGAGAGCCCGGCGCAGAACCCUCUGUUGGUGGAGGCGGAGAGAAAGGUCUCCUACAAUUGCUGCAGCCAGGGCACCAUCUCGCUCCAAAUCCAGAUGGAGAAGAACAGCUUCGUGCCGGGCGAGAAGGUCACCUUCACCACCGAGAUCAACAACCAGACCAGCAAGUGCAUCAAGACGGUCAUCGUUGCCCUGUACGGCCACGUCCAGUACGAGGGCUUCACGCCCAAGGCGGAGCGGCGCCUGCGCGUGGACAGCAGCGAGCUGUUGCGACAGGAGGCCAACACCCCCAUCGCGCCCUUCGCCACCACCAAGAUUGUGGGCGCCUUCAACCUCCCGCUCCUGCUGUCCGUGAGCGGGGGCGCGCGGGACGGCGGGAUCAUGACCACCCACUACGAGCUGGUGGGCACCGUCCACCUGCCCUGGUCGCUGAGCAGCGUGAAGGUCACUGUGCCCAUCAUCAUCACCAGCGCCCCCCGGGACUCGAGCAGCUGCCAGCUCCCGGAGGCGGGCGUGGUACCCGAGAGCCCGGAGCACCAGAAUUAAAAGCCCAAACUUCUAAAUAUUAAAAGCUUUAUCAGAUGCUACCGGCUGCCCUUUCUUGGU